AUGCCCCUGUUCCAAGAUUCGCUAAGCUUUAUCAAUGAGAUGAUCGAUGACUACAGGCAUGACAGUUGGAACUUUGCCGUUAUGCUCCAAAACGGUUUGCACUACCGCGUCAGCUCACAGUCCAUUAAUGACUUACUACUGCUUACCCUCUAA